AUGUUUGGAUUGAGGCUUCUGCGACCUGCUGCUCAGUUGACUCUUCGGAGUACAGUCCGGACUGCUGCCCCGCUGGUGCCAUCGCUGAUCCCCCGACGGCUUUAUCGUCUGGAGACUCCAUAUACAUACCAGAGGUUCAACAGAAGGCAGGACAGUGGCGGGGCCAGCUUCAGGACUUUGCUGUUUGAUCCUGUCGCUAGGAAGUAUUUGCUGCUGUUAUUUGGCGGUGGGGCGCUGUUCUACGUCACCCACUUGAACGAGGCCCCCGUAUCGAACAGGAGACGGUUCAUAUGGAUACCGCCGUGGCUCGAAUUGAAGCUCGGCAGGUACACGUAUCGGUCCAUACUUCAAGAGACGAGGGGUCUGUUGCUGCCGCCUACUCACCCGGUGUCUCGCAAAGUCGAAAGAGUCUUCGAGAAGAUCGUCGAGGCGAGCUUGAAGGAUCCAACAGUGGACCGGUCGCUGCUCGAGGGCGUCGAGUGGAAGAUCCAUGUAGUUAAUGACCCGAGAGCACCGCCGAACGCGUUUGUGCUCCCCGGUGGGAAAGUGUUCGUGUUCAGCAACAUCCUCGGGAUAUGCAAGAACGAUGACGGCUUGGCGACCGUCCUCUCGCACGAAUUUGCACAUCAGCUGGCUAGACACACGUCAGAGAAUCUUUCCAAGGCACCGAUAUACUCGAUGAUCAGUAUGCUGCUGUACGCAGCAACUGGGAUCCAAGGGAUCAACAAUCUUUUGACCGAUGGGCUGUUACGGAUGCCAGCAUCCAGGCAGAUGGAAACGGAGGCAGACUACAUAGGACUGAUGAUUAUGUCACGAGCUUGCUUCAACCCUAACGAAUCCGUCAAAUUGUGGGAGCGGAUGGCGAACUUUGAGAAAAGGAACCUUGCAGGGGGCGGCAGUUUCGAGUUCUUGAGCACCCACCCUGCGAGCGAGCAUAGAAUUGAAAACAUGACCAAAUGGAUGGGCAAGGCCAACGCCCUAUACGAGCAAAGCGAGUGCCAUAAUCUGUCAUCGUACUCUAAGAGAUUCCAAGAUUCCUUUCUGGGUCCCAUAUUUGAAGAGUUCCCAGGUCCAUCCUCUGGUCCCAGCUGGGGGAUUUAA